UUAUAUUUCACUACGAUACAUUACGAAGAAUACUUUAGAAUAUUUUGCAAAAGUGUUUAAACAAAGUGUACUAGAAAAAAAUAUGUACGAAUCUAACCUAACAAAUAAGUAAAAUAUUAAAAACAAGAUGUAAAAUAUAACUCGAAACGCUUGAAACACAUUAGAACUCUUAAUAAGAAAUUGCAAAGUGAUAUUUAAAAAAGCCAAAGAUAAAUAAUAAUUAUGUUAUUAUUAUGAUAGUAAAAGAAUGUAAAGGAACGUAACAACUCAAAACAGAUAGUUAUACGUGUAAAGAAGACGACGACUGUUCUCGUCGAAACCGGUUUUGCAAUUGUUGAAUAAUCAAAGUGCAAGAUGUACCUAUAUGUGCUCCCAGAGUGCGAAAACUAGAUUCACGUACAGGUGUCUAUUAUGUAUUCGGAAAAGUGUUAUUAUUAAAUGUGAUCGACUGAAGAAAUUAGCGAAAGUGAUAUAAAAUUAUUUCUCUGAAACAUGUGUUUGUAAAUUUUGUUUAGACUUGCUGUUUAAUCGCGGGUCACAGUUCAUUGUUGAAGCGUUUCAUCCUCCUUCGAAGAGUUUUCAGCAAAUAAUACAGUUCUAAAGGAAUAAAGGACUACGAGCCGUGACAGGGUAAUUUCACAAGAUGGCUAAGAUUUUUAUCUUAAUUGCGUUUCUGCCGCACUUACUAUGUACCAUAAUACAGAGAAGAAAUUUGUGUUCGGAAUACUUCGCAAUUGCAUUCAACCCUGAGACAGGCAAGAUAUUUGGACGGAUCGAAGUCUUUGCUCAACCAGAAAAUGACGAAAUUUUUUUUUUACAAGUAGCCUUAAAUGCUUCCGUUGAUUCUAUGAGAGGGACAUUUCGAUUGGAAUUGGCACGUUCGAUAAAUGAGACCAUUGAAGCAAUUCAAAAUGGCAAACCUUUGUUGUAUCAUGUUAUCAUGUUGUAUCAUAAUUUUCCCGUGACCGUCAAUUUUCCGAUCGUAUCCGCGAUAUGGUUCAACUAUCAACAAUAUUGCCACGGCCCCGGAGGGUCUAGUGGAAGUUUCGUAGCCAAUAUCGCGUUGGGGCAUAUGGUGUACCCUCCGAACAAAGAACCACUGUCGCAGGAUUUUCAAUCGUGGCACCGAAAUACAAGUCGCUACCGCAUAAACAAUCCAGUUUUUUACAGCAGCACCGAAUGCGGUGUUGCCAAUUACGACACUGAAGGCAAAAAUAAGAGGCUGAUAUUUGAUGAGACUUCAUCACCAGGCCAGUGGCCGUGGAUAGUUGCAGUCUACCAUGUUGAAAUAGAAGAGUUAGAGACAACAUACUCCUUUAAAUGUGGUGGUUUUCUGUUCACGAACAGACAUGUAUUAACAGCGGCGCACUGUUUGAAAAUGGACCUAUUGAGCAACGAUACAAUAGACCCUAACAGGUUGCAAGUGGCAAUGGGGCUAUUGAGCUGGGGCAAAUUGCACGGAGAUGGAACUGUUAAUCGGAAUGUCACAAUCUACAAAAUUCAUCCCAAUUAUGAGCAUAAUACCCACGGUGACUCCGAUGUCGCGAUUUUGACCCUCAGUGAUCUCGUCGAGUUCAAUCCUUUUAUCAAGCCUAUUUGUCUAUGGUCCGGUUUUAAUUUAAUUAAUCCUGUAGACCUCAUCAAUAGAACAGGAUAUAUUGUGGGAUGGGGUGAAGACUCGACGUCUUUUGGUUCUAUUGUAGAAAGACAACCGGUGCCGGCGAAGAUAGUAAGUCAAGAGACCUGUCUCAAGGCUGAUCGUAUAUACCGUAACCUCAUCUCGGAUAACACCUUUUGCGCUGGUUUGCUAGACAGACAGGGUCCUUGUAACAGUGGGAGCGGGCUGCUAUUUUUAAACACUCUCACGGGUCGUUAUGAGUUGCGUGGCAUUGUUUCGCGAUCUUUAUUCACAAUCAGUAAAACUCCGUCCUGCAAUCUAGGGAACUACGUCGUCUAUGUCGAUUUGGUCAAAUAUGUAUACUGGAUUCAUCAACAGUUAUAUUGAAAUUUUAAAAACUCUUAAAGUUCUUCAAAAUGCCACGUUGUCCCAGGAUCACAUAAUUUU